AUGGGUGGAGCAGCUGCGGCGGAGAUUGCGGAAACAUUGGCAACCCUUGCAACCCCUUACUUAGCGAGGAAUGUUGCGUACCUGUUGAACGGUCGUAACGCGGAGAAGUUCUUGAGGGAGUAUGAGCCCCUAUUUAGCGCGCGCUUCACGACCCCUGAGAUGUACUGCAAACAUCUUCACAAUGCGGUGCCUCAUCGUUUCAUGCGAGUGAUUGAGGAGUGGGAUGAGUUUAAGGAUUUGGACUGGGAGGGGGUGAAGGAAAGGAUGGUUGAGGAGUUUGGGGAAGGGGACGAUGACGAUUCACCGGACCGUCUAUAUGAGGUGAUUGAUCGUCAGUUGGAGGGACGGAGGAAGAUCAGGACUUGGCAGGACCUGGAUGACUACUACCGCCGCUUCAAGCGUCACUCUGAGCCCCUGGUGAAGAAAGAGAUCCUCUCGUGGCAGAGUGAGUCGUCGCUGUUCCUCGAAGGUUUACCUAGAGAGCUGGUGAAGGAGUACGAGUCACUUUGUAAAUUGGCGCGUUCCCUUCUUCCUUUGGUGGAGCAAAUGGCCAGAGACAAGGAGGGGGCAACCGGCUGGCGAGUCACAAGCGCUGAGAUGGUGGAGAUCAGGAAGAAGCACAAGGAGGAUGACCUGAAAUACUGUCGAGAGCUUCAUAUCGGGGAGUUGUAUGGAGAGAUGCUCAAGCUGCUCAGAGGAGGAGGUCGUACGUCGCGUCGAGGAAGGGAUACCUGCAGGAGAGACUUCUACGAUUCGGACUCAGACUCGGAAGAAGAGGCAGAGGAUCACAGGGAUAGGUGGCGCAACGACAGGUCGCCCAGUCCCGCGCCUAGGAGUGUGCGUUUCUCGGGAUUGCCCCUAUCUUUCAUUCGUCGUCAGGAGUCAGAGUCCACGCCAUCGACUGCCACGCGAUCAGCCUUGUCUUCCAAGAGUCGAUCAGGAGCGGGAACGGAGGACAAUGGAUCGAGGAGCUCGAGUCUGCCGGAUGACUUCAUCAACAACUUUCGCCGCUUGGUUGUGAACACGACGACGAUGAAGCAGGAAUUUGCUCGCUUCCAACAACCUGGCCCUUUCUACGGUGGUAAUGUUCAGGGUCCUCAGCAGGGGCAAUUCGGUAACCAAGGGCAAGCUCAGAGGGGUUCUCAAGGCUUUGGCUAUGGAGGACUGGACGCGAACAUGCGAGGGGGACAGACUCGACCCAACGGAUACGCUACUGGCGCCAAUGCAACUCCCUAUACGCCUCGUAAUUCUGGACUCGACUGUCGUGGUUGCGGACUUGGAGGUCAUCCGACGCGCGCCUGUCCUAAGGUCUUGGAACGUAAGUCGAAGGGGGACGUGACUGAAGGAGAAUCGGGGAGGUAUUAUUUCCGGGGUCGCGAGUGUCCAUUGCCGCACCAUUUGCCGGAGGGGAUGCCGACGUAUGAGGCUCUUUGGGAUGCGUGGGAGAAGGGUUUGGAGCAGAGGAAUGGGGCGAACCGGGGAGGAAAUGGAUCGAUGGGACAGGACGGUCAAGGAACGGGAUCGGCAAUGCACACGAACGUUGGAUUCUUCUCUUCGGCGGACGAGCGGGAUGAGGACAAAGCCCCUUUCGAUGUUUACGCGGCUUCCCGACAGGUCCGUGCACGCACUCCCAGUGGACCUUACGAAGAGGCGGCGAAGAAGUGUGCGGUGGAGAAGGCGGCGAAGGACAAGACUGUUCGUGGUGAACCUCGCCCUGUUUCAAUCCCACCUCGUGUUUCGUUCGAUCUGUUGGCGAAGGAAGUAGGAAAGGUCAAGGUGGAAGCAUCGGAGGCGCCGUUGAGGGACGAGGAAAUGACGGAAGCAUCGGCCGCCACGAACGCAACAUCCACUACUCGUUGCCGGGCUGCUCAAAGUAUGCUGCGCACUCCUGUCUCACAGCGUUUUUCGGUUCCGUCGGCUUUGGAACACGUCCUCAACGGCACCAAGGUCGAACUUCCUCUCGGUAUGCUUCUCGCGGUUUCAAACGAUCUUUCCAAGGGUGUAGCGCAGCAAUGUCAAUGUCGCCGGGUUCCCAUUGAUGCCACGACUGCGUCUGGAUAUCAUGACGAGAUGACAGAGGACGACUACGACACUCACAUCCUGCGAACGAACUCCGGUUUCAAGGAUCAACUCUCCACUUACUACUGCGCACCAAUCGGCUGUAUGAGGGUCGUCAUCAACGGAAAGUCUGUUCUCGCCUUGGUCGAUGGUGGUUCUCAGGUCUCGCUCAUUCAGGAGGCUACAUGUCGGGAGCUCGGUAUUGCAUGCACUUCGACGGUCGGUCAUUCGUUGCGCUCUCAGAACGACGGAGUUAAAGAUCUCGGAAAGGUUUGCAGGAACGUGGCAGUGGGAGUGGGAGGUUCGGAGGUCAUCUGCAAGUUCUUCGUGUCCGAAUCGAGUUUGACGCAACCGGCGAUUUUGCUCGGAAGUCCUUUCAUGGCGGCGGCUCGCGGCAAACAAACGUGGCAUGCGGAUGGUACUUCUUCGUUGAACAUGGAGAUCGGAGGGGUUUCUAUGACGGUGGACCUUUUGUCGGUUGGGUCGACGAUGACGACGAUUAGGGAGGACAGAGUUGGAGACGGGAACAUUUGGGAGCAUGACAACACCCGGGACGACUCGUCGGAAAACUAG